CAAUGGAUUUUUUUCUAUAGUUUACCACACGUACUGUAGGUGGCGCCAGGCACCUCUAAGGACUGUUUGGGGACCGCAAUAAUACCAUAAAAGAAGAAAAUACUUCGUUUGGAAAGAACAAUCAAUCAUAAGGCUUGGCGCUGCAGGGAUGUCGGGCCUAAAGCUGAUCUCUGCAACUGACACCCGGUAUUCAGGAACGGUGCUGAAGUCGAUGAAUAGACAGCGGAAUAAUGGAUUGUUCUGUGAUGUCACCAUAAUUAUACAGGACCGUAAAUUUAGAGCACACAAAAACAUCUUGUCCGCGUCAAGUACUUAUUUCCACCAACUCUUCUCAGUGGCUGGACAGGUGAUCGAGUUGAAUUUCAUCAAGGCGGAAAUCUUUGAGGAAAUCCUGAAUUACAUUUACAGUUCCAAAAUUGUCCGCAUUCGUUCCGACAUGCUCAAUGAGCUUAUCAAUGCUGGGCAGGUGUUGGGCGUGAAGUUCAUUGCGAAUCUAGGCGUACCGCUCUCACAAGUCAAGGGCUUACCUGGCCUGUCCAAAGACACAGAACACAAUGAAGUAAGCUCCGUGGAGAAAAGCAGUACAGACUCAAUGGGGAUGAUGCCUAUUGUCACCGAGUCCUUUUCACUGUCUGCAGAGGAGUUCAGUCAAACUGACAAAAGUGCAAACAAGGAUCAGGACUCGGACGAAGACGACAUUAUGUUUGUAUCCGAAACGGACGCCACCAAGAAAUGCAAGCCCUGCGAAAUCAUCGAUUUGGAUGGACCCAAUACAGAGGAAGACUCUGUGACAAAGCAACCGGGAGAGGCCAGACCCGCUUUGACAAAGGACCAAGAGAAAACAGUCAAAGCAGCUCCGCACCUCAACAGCUCCUCGCAGACCUUGCAAGGCCAAACUCCUCUGAUCAGACCCAUGGUGUCCCCUGACACAAGCUCAAAUAUUGCGUCUUCACCCGCUGGAGCCUCCUCUUGCAGCACACCCACUACGCCGGCUAGAAUUGGCACUUUCACCCCCGAACCCAUCAGCACCUCCCUGCCCUCAGAAAACAACAAGAUAAUAGGAAUCCACAAGAAGCAGGUUACACUAGCUCGACAGAGUGACUUAAAAAUCAAGCUCUCGGCCCUUAAGUCACCUGGCGGAUUCAUCAACGAGGCAGGCCUCAACAUUCCCCAAAUAUCCGCCACCACAAAAAAGACGAUAACAUUAGAUAAAGCCUCAGAGAUCGACUCGUUUUCUCCAGGCUGCAAGGUGUAUGCCAAUAUUGGGGAAAACACAUAUGACAUUGUCCCCAUGAAGGACGACCCCGGGGAGGGAGACUCUAAAAACAGUAGAGGGGGAAAGAGGUCUCUGAUGGCUACCCCUCUUCAACCUUUCAACACCUCUCAACUGCCACAGGGUGCCACGAUCAAGAAGACCAAAACAGAGCAGCAAGAUCACUACGAGCUCAUCAUGGACGGGAAGACUUUCUUUGUGUGCAUGGUCUGCAAGCGUCCCUACGUGUGCUUGACGAGCCUCCGGCGCCACUUCAACACCCACUCCUGGGAGAAGAAGUACCCGUGCCACUACUGUGACAAGGUGUUUGCUCUGGCCGAGUAUCGGACCAAACACGAGAUCUACCACACAGGCGAGCGGAGGUACCAGUGCCUGCUGUGCAACGAGAUGUUAAUCAACUACCAGCUACUGUCGACUCACUGCAAACAGGCCCACAACCAGGACCCAUCCGGGAGGAAACAAAAGGACGACACCGACAACAACUUGUACCGCCUGCUCCCUUGCAAAACGGUGCAGUUCAAGACCUACUCAUAUGAGACAGACGAUUCAGAUUCACGAGGAGUCCCUAUUAUCCAAGAGGAUGGGAGCGUCCAGCACAUUAACCCUGGAAGGGGGCACCUGGCCAACCCACUACAGUUACAGUCCACCCAGGGCAAGAUGUUGAACUGGGAUGACAUCUUUGUGGAGCCUGAGGCACAGCCUGGAUCAGGUGCCCACCGGCCAGGGAGCCACCCUAUCCAAUCUCCCCCAGGCUCUUCUGAGUUUGAGUUUGUCAUACCAGAGACGUACUGAGCAGGGUGGCUCACCGCUCUGUGAUCUAUGCCUUGUCAGUGGGUCCCCUUAUUUGAAUUUUGUUUCCUGGAUCCACAUCGAAUGUUGUCUUUUUCAAAUGUUCAACAGUUGUUUUAGCUAAACUGUACAAAAAUAUAAACAUACAACAAUUUCAAAUGUUGUACUGAGUUACAGUUCAUAUAAGGAAAUCAAUCAAUUGAAAUAAAUUCAUUAGGCUCUAAUCUAUGGAUUUCACAUGACUGGGCAGGGCCAGCCAUGGGUGGGCCUGGGAGGGCAUAGGCCCACCCACUGGGGAGCCAGGACCAUCCAAUCAGAAAGUUUUUAUUACAAACAGAAAUACUCCUCAGCACCCUGUGACCACCCCCACCUCGCCCCCAUUCAGAUGAUCUGGCAGGUGAAGAAGCUGGAUGUGGAGGUCCUGGGCCGGCGUGGUUACACGUGGUUUGCGGUUGUGAGGCCGGUUGUACGUACUGACAAAUUCUCUAAAACGACAUUUGUGGCGGCUUAUGGUGGAAAAAUGAACAUUCAAUUCUCUGGCAACAGCUGGACAUUUCUGCAGUCAGCAUGCCAAUUGCACGUUCCCUCAACUUGAGACAUCUGUGGUAUUGUGUUGUGACAAAACUGCACAUUUUCAAAGUGGCCUUUUAUUGUCCCCAGCACAAGGUGCACCUGUGUAAUGAUCAUGCUAUUUAAUCAGCUUCUUGGUAUGCCACACCUGUCAGGUGGAUGGAUUAUCUUGGCAAAGGAGAAAUGCUAAAUAACAGGGAUGUAAACAAAUGUGUGCACAACAUUGUAGAGAAAUACGCUUUUGGUGCUUAUAAACAAUAUUCUGAGAUUUGUUAUUUAAUCUCAUGAAACACAGGACCAACACUUUACAUCUUGUGUUCAUAUUUUUGUUAAGUGUAGUUGUUUUUAGGAAAUUCCUAUGUGCUCUAGCUAGCCCAUCCGGAGUGUAAUGUGACUUUUGUUCUUAUCAAGCUCUUGUCAUUGAACUAUGUAUUGGCGCUCAUUGUAUUUCUACUUACCCCUUUUUAUGGUAAAUAUUUGUGAGUACUCUGUCUGGAGUGCCCAUGCAGUUCAACAGAAGGACCCUAAAUCUAGGCAUACACAUUUAUUUAUUGUUAGAUCUUUAUUUUUUUAUGAAAUAUAUUUUUUUAUCGGGAGUCAAAUUACCUUAUGCCUUUCGGGAGAUAAAAUGUACAGUGGUGCUGAAUGGUAACAGUUGAUGUUUGUUGUUUGAACAGAGAUUGGAUCAGGAUGCUGGAUAUUGAUGGAAUUAAUGGAUGUCAUUCAUCCCUUUGUUUUCUGAAAUCCACACUUUUUAAUUAAACUUUAAUUAAAAACAACCACCGACUCUUUCCUCAUUGCUGUUGCUAUAAGAUGAAUCUCAACAAGGAAACAGUCAGUGGUUGUAUUUGAUUCACAUUUUAUUAAAAAGUAUGGAUUUCAGAAAACAAAGAAAGGCACACAACUACAGAGGACAAACAUAGGUACAAGGUAAGUAUUUCAUAAUUACAUUUUUUAAAGUAUUGAUCCACAAAGCCUGGUCUCUGCUUUACUCCGUUGGUGGAGUUCAUCAGAAACUUCCUUCACCAUGGAGUUGAGUUUAGUCAGCUACCUCCUACUCUGUAUGUAUACAGUUUGCCUACAUAGGAAUCAUGUAACUUGAAAACCAUUUAUUUCUGUUAUGAAAUAGCACCUAGUGCAGGAUUGUUCUGUAGAUCAUUCUUUUGUUAUGUCCCUUCCCCUUGUCAGUAUGUAUUUGAAUUGAGUUAGACUGUGGAGAGCUAACUUGACAUUUUAUACUGCUUCAUUAUGUCCUUCACUGACAACUUUUAUGGCAAAAAAACCUUACACAAUUAACAGUGGUGUAACUUGUACAUAAUUGUGACCUUUUUCACUUGAAAAUGUUUCUGUUUUAAAAACGUAUUUAUUAGGUAUAGUGCUAAACAAAUGUUAAUAAAGAUUUUUUUGUUUUAAA